GGUCCUGCUGUCCCAUCCUCAGAUGGGACUCAUGGUUUUCUCCAGCGGUUAUAAUAGGCUCCUGUCCCACCCUCAGAUGGGGCUCGCAGGCCUGCACGGUUGUGUAAUGCUGCCACAUUGUGGUUGCGUCCUCUGAAAGUGAAGCUGCAACCGCAGUGGCGGUGUUCAAGUAAGAUUCUGACGAAUGUGGAUUUUGAUCCAUCACAGUUCGUGUCAUUCGACAGCAAACACCUUGUUGAUUCAAUGAGCUCGACAAGCGAGGUGAUCAAACGCCUACGCAGGAUAACUGGAUCACCACCCAAGUCCGCUACUAGAAGUUCCGGAUCUCAGUGCUUUCCGAUCUCCAAAACGGUUGCAGGAGAUGCCGUUGAAUGAGUAAAGUUGCUGUGUUUGCUCGUCUCUUGUCAGGUAAGUGGGCGUAGCCUUGCCGAUUCAGCAGAUUUUACGGUGCGCAUCAAGUAGAAUGUACGCUCUCGUAGAUUACGGAGUUGCUCGCGGUGCUGGGUGUCUGCGACGUUAUUUCGUGAGUGUGGGCCGUGUAAUGGCCAAUUCCAAGUACGAAUACGUGCGUAAGUUCGAGCAAAGCGACACCUGCCUACCAAACACCUGGAUAGUAGUCCGUUUGGACGGCAAAUGCUUCCAUAGAUUUUCAGAGAGUCAUGGUUUUGAAAAGCCUAAUGACCUUCGCUGUCUGUCUCUGAUGACAAACAGUGCUCAGUGUGUCAUGAAGGAAUUCUCUGACAUUGUUCUCGCCUACGGUCAGAGUGACGAGUACAGUUUUGUACUCCGCAGAGACACAACUCUGUACAGCAGGCGAGCGAGUAAACUAAUCAGUACCAUGUCGUCCCACUUUGCGUCAUCCUUUGUGUUCCACUGGUCAAAGUUCUUCCCCAUCUCACCCCUCCUCUAUCCCCCUACCUUUGAUGGUCGGGUUGUUCUAUACCCCACCUCAGCAAAUCUACGUGACUACCUCAGUUGGAGACAGGCUGACUGUCACAUCAACAAUCUCUACAACACUUGUUUCUGGGCAUUGGUCCACGAUGGAAUGACUAACACUGAUGCUGUGAAGCAACUGAAAGGCACGCUGUCUUCUGACAAAAACGAGCUUCUCUUCUCCCGGUUCAACAUCAACUACAACAACAUCCCACCAGUCUAUCGAAAAGGGACCACACUCAUUUGGAGCUCACAGAAAGAAACCGUUCGAAGCAAAGAUUGCAGUCGUCGUGCAAUCAGAAGUCGUCACGACAAAGAUAUGUUACCAGGAAAGGAUUCGAGGGAAUGCAAUUGAAAGUGAUGGUAUGCAAUCAUUUGGUGAGAGUUUGCAAGCCGAGGUAGCCACAGUCACCCCAACACAACAGGGAAAUGAACAACUUUCAGUUCGAGAUGGAUUUACUGAGAGAAUUUCGUCACCGACUGAAAUCUUAGAAGGGGAGGAAUCUGAGCAACUGACUAGUGAUAACUCUGGAACUAAAAUUAAUGAGAAGAUAAUUGAAGGGGCAAUUGCAACAGCAGAGGGGGUAAGAGGUGGGAUGAGGGAUGGAACGAAGGGUGAAGAUGCCAAGGAGAGAAAGACACGCUCUUCGGCCAUUGAUCCGACCAAUCAGAAGGCUCGGAGAACUAUAUUAGUUCUACAUGAAGACAUAAUCAGUGAUUCGUUUUGGGAGAAACACCCUCAUAUCAUUGCUUAAUAUUAUGAUUCUCUAAAAUCAAUAUUAUUAUUCAUCCAACACUGCAUUCUAAUGAUAAAAAAUGGAAACACAACUUAAAACUAAGCUAAUGUUGUGUGUGCUGAUGAACAUACAUUAUGCUCAAAACAGUUUCUUCAGGAGGUAGAAACCUCCUGCUAGUAUGAGUAGUAUACCAGCCAGAAUACACUGUGGGGAAUCUAUUGUCCACGUCCCUGCGUCGAAAUGGUCCACAAACGCUCUCCACCCUCCCUGCUCCACCACCCAUCGCGACACUGUCCUUUCGACGUCGUUUUGCGUCCAACUAAUCACGUCACCGACUCUGUUCUCCAUUCCUUCCCUCGCACAGUGGACGGCGAGUGCCCCAGAAAACACGAGAAACGCGAGGAUCCUCCCCCAAUUGACUCCGUCGAUAAACAUCUCCUGGACUAUGACACUGUACGUCUCGGACAGGUUGUCGUCGGUGAGACCGAGGCGGGAGAGAAUGUCUUCAAAUUGGCGUUCUCUCUCCUCGGCCAAGUUGCCCGCGAGAUGGUGCAGCAGGUGUUGCGACCCGUUCUCUGGUUCUGCGGUGUCCGACGCGGUGUCGUGUUUGCUCGCGACGUCUUCGAAUCCCUUCUUGCGGAGUUGGUUGACAAUGUAGCGCCGGGCGAAAUGACGAAACUUGGCGUUGAUGACGGCAUCGUUGGGUGACCCUCGACCGAGGUCAGCGUUUCGCUCCUUUUUGAAUACACUGUCAUUGUCAUCACUGUUAGAGUCUUCUCUGAAUCCUGUCGGUGGGUUUCUCUCUACCAGAGCCAUUCUUGUUGCCGGAAAUACGUAAGCUGCUAUAUAUGACAAAGAAGGCAAGACAAACUAAAUGUUUCGGUCUUUCAGUGGAAGCCUGAGUGUGGCAGCUUCAAUUCUCUUGUCUUGUGGGUUGAAAUACGGCCAGU